CGAAGUUAAACGGAGGAAGGCGGAAACAUACGAUAUUAUUCGGAAUGUAAGCAAGGUCAGUUCUGAAGGUCGGUCGGUAACAACUAACUAUGGCUGCCAGGCGUGUUGUCGCAGAAGUCCCUGCUUGGAGAAAAUCACUGGCCAAGUGGGCAUAUGGUCUGUCAUACUUCCCACAGCUAGGUCUGAUGCGGGAUGACAUACUUAACGAGACACCAAAUGUUAAAGAAGCCCUUCGUCGCCUCCCUAGGGAUGUGUAUGAUUCCCGCCAGUUUCGCAUCUCCCGUGCACUCAACCUUUCAAACAAGAAAGAUAUUUUGCCCAAGGACGAGUGGCAGAAAUAUGAGGAGGAUGUUCGUUACUUGAAGCCCUAUUUGGAUGAAGUGGUGGCUGAAAUACAAGAAAAGGCAGAAUGGGCUAAAAAGUGAUUUUUGUUUCCCAUAGACAAUUUUUCACAUGAACAUAAACAGUGGAUGAACACAGUGUGUUCACUAUGAAGAACGGAAGAAGAUAGUGUAUAUGUGUGUUAAUAGUUCCUUAUCUGCAAUUGGUCUGAUAUUUUCAUUGAUGAUUGGGCUUAUAGCAGAUCAUGAAAUAAAUAAAACAUGACAAGAGAA